AUGCAUGCACCACAAGAGACCUCUGGCGACCACGAGCUGCACAAACACAUAUCCCAUACUAUCACAGGUCCUGGACGUGUUGCCAUGCACACAGAGUAUUUUGUAGGCCCAACGGCGACGCCGAAUGUUCCUGCAGUAGCCCCCAACUCACCACUCAACGAUAACGGAUACAAUGAAUUCGACGUUGUUGAUGCUGCUUACAUGGAUUAUCUCGCUGAAACCGAUGAGGGACCUAAAAAGCGUAAACGCACAGCAGGGGUGAGUUCUUUUUGUUGUGCAGAAUGCCCACUCCCUCCUCUCUAUUGGUGCAAAGAUUGCUUUUCCACAGAGUUGUACUGUCAACGAUGCACUGUGGAGAAGCAUUGUGCAAACCCAUUGCACAGAAUUGAGCACUGGAAUAAUGGCUAUUUCGCCCAUACGACACUCAAAGUCCUUGGACUACAUGUCCAGCUUGGACAUCCCAGCGGGGAGUGUUGCUAUAACUCAUCCACAGCAUUUCACGACGACUUCGUAGUGCUCGAUAUCAACGGCGUGCAUGAGAUCGCCCUUGACUUCUGUGCAUGUGAAAUUGCACAAUCUCCCAUUGUUCAGUUGUUGUGUACACGGUGGUACCCUUCUACAACUGUUGAUCCAAGGAGUGCCGCUACUUUCUGUCUUCUACACCACUUUCAUAUUCUCUCCUUGGAGUCCAAGGCAUCCGCCUUCGAAUAUUGGCAGACAUUGGCUCGUCUCACUGAUAACGCGGGAGUAAGUCCUCCCAAGGAUCGUUAUGAGGCAUUGCUGAGAAUGAUGAAGCAGUGGUGCAACAUCACUCUCCUUAAACGAUCGGGUUAUGGACAUGACCCUGCCGGUGUUUGCGCUGCUACACCAGGUGCCUGCGCAGUGUUGUGUGCUGCAUGUCCCCAGCCAGGAAAGAACAUGCCGGAUGACUGGGAAAAGGCCCCGCCUGAAGUUCGUUGGAAAUAUGCCCUUUUCCUGGCAAUUGACGCAAACUUUUGUUUGGCAAGGAAAAAUGUAUCCUCUGACGAAGUCGACCCCGGUCUGAGUCGGGGGUUGUCAUACUUUGUUGAAGAACGCGGAUUCAAAUCAUUUCUGAACGAAGCAGGAAGACUGCCUCAAGAGAAAAGCAUGUGUGCGAGUCACAGCGCUGUGAAUCUUGCAGACACAAAAAAUGCACGAGGUUUGGCGGCCACAGGUGUAGGUACAGUGGACUGCACUCGUCACAAUCUCAAACGACCAUGUGCAGUUGGCGACCUCCAGAAGGGCAAAAGAUAUGUUAAUAUGGACUAUCUGCUCUUCUCGACAUUGCAACAGACUCGCGACGUCAUGGUUCUCAACAUAUCAUAUGAUAUCACUUGUCAAUGGAGUAAGAACCUCUGGGACCGCAUGUCAAGAUAUCCCUCUGCAAUUCAUCUUGACCUCAGCAACAAGACUAUCGUAUUCCUCGUCCCCAAGUUUCACCUUCCCGCUCACAUUGCUGCUUGCCAAAUUACAUUCUCAUAUAACCUGAUUAAGGGUGUUGGUCGAACUGAUGGCAAAGCUCCUGAGCGUGGUUGGGCCAACAUCAAUCCAGUGGCAACAAGCACACGCGAGAUGGGGCCAGGCUCACGGAGAGACAUCCUAGAUGAUCAUUUUGGGGAUUUUAAUUGGAAGAAGGUGACAAACUUCGGUAUCAGCCUUUUGCGCAAGAUAAAGUCAGCUAUCCCAGAACGUGAACUCCAUGUACGUGAUUUCGAAGAUUUCGAUCGCAUGCUAUCACAGGAGCGACCCAACGAAGUCGAAACAUGGAAGUCGGCAGUGGAAAUAUGGGAAGAAGACAGAUCGCAGCCCAAUCCUUUCAAGAUAAAGAGCAAAUCAAUGUCACAAGCUGCCGUGCGCCUCAGUCUCUCACAAAAAGAAGCCAGGGAUCUAGAACAUGGGGUCAAUGUUGCGCUUCACUCUGAUAUCUCCCCAAGUAUAUUAAUUUCCUCCGGCAUAGACUACGAGGAUCAACAAUGUCAUCUUCAGCGUGACCAUAGCGCCCUCGGUGUUUAUGCCACCGACCUACAGCUUGCGAAGUUCCAGGAACGCAGCAAUGCAUUGCAGCGCAAGAUUGCUGAAUGGUGUAAGAUCCAGCUGCUGUACCUCCCCUCAGUAGCUUGUAUUCGAACCUCCGACAUUGAGUCUAGUAUAGAUUCUAUCCAGGAGGAGAAACCCUACGACAUCAAGCUGUGGUUGCCAUCACAGAUUAGGCGAGAGACACUGCUUCCAUGCAAUGAUAGUCUCUCCGAAUAUGAGUGGGACUUACAGCGUGCCCAGGCAUUUGACGCCCUCGAUGAUCUCCGCUGGCAGCUCCACCUUCGAACACACCUAUAUAAGUUCAAGGAUGCUCAAAUUCGCGGUCAACGGGAAAAUACACGUGCAGGUGUUAUCAUCAAGAAUGUCGAAGUUAAUGUAUCCGUGGCUGCUGAGCACUAUCGCAGAGCCUGGAAUGCAUUAAGCGCUCUCACACCCUCCCUUGCCAGGAAUGCGUGGACGACAGAGCUGCCAAAGUUAGAGGACGGGGACACCCGAGGGAUGGGAGACAAUGCAUUUGGAGAGUUGAGCGGGAACCGCACCUUGUCAUGGAUAUGGAAAGCGCAAGGUGUAGCUACUGCAGGGGUGGAGGGUGAGGCAGUUCUCUCAGAAGCUUUGCGAGUCGAAUGGUGUAGAUCGAGGGCCCGUGCAAAUAGGUGGGUUGAAGAAGUGGAACUCCUGCUCGAAGAGAUGUGGCGCGUCGGUGCUUUUCUUGCAUGGCAUGCUGUGUGGUGGGAAGAGCAGGCCACACGAAGGGUAGGCCUAGAUGAUGCUUCAUUGGAAGGCAUCCGAGGCUAUGCCAAACGUCAAGCAGCCCUGCGCAGGUCCAUGAGAGAUGUGUUCCUCACCAAGUGGAGUAUCAUGCCCGCCCUCCUUCAUCCCAAGGCAACUGCAGCUCCCAUCCUGUCCAUCAACACGGCUCACUAG